GGUCUUACUCGGGAGUAUCUAGAGUCUUGACGCGUUUUGAAAGGAAACAAUGCCCAGAAGUGUUAGAAAUGGCCGAAUCUACGAAAAAGCGUACUCUUGACGCGUUCUUUAAGCCUCCUGCAAAGAAAGUCAAGGUCUCAGAUACCGAGCCUUCGAAAGAAAGUCGAGAUCCAGACGUGCAAGAGCAAGUGGAAUACUCUACCCAUCCAACAUAUCCAUUUCCAAUACCUCACUUCCAGUCACAUAUCAUCAAGAAUAUCAUAUCCUUCCCAUCCACGAUUGGGAAAGCAAUAAACGACCAACCAGAUCUUGACUUGCUCUACUUUCAGCCUUAUAUCCCUCAGUAUCUUGAGCGGCAAAUCUUCCAAUUUCUUCGUUCGGAGUUACCAUUCUAUAGAGUUCAGUACAAAAUCAAGCGGGGAGGCAUAGAAACUGAGAUAAACACCCCAAGAUACACAACAGUCUUUGGCUUAGACGAAACCUCCAGAUUCUCUCCAGAUGGCCAUGUGAUAGACGCCAAAUCAGCGCAACCAGUUCUCAAGGACAAGAACUACACCAAAUACGCACCGCGUCCAAUACCCAAAUGUCUGGAUGAUCUCCGCCUUUCAACAGAAGCCGCAACAGGAUGCACAUUCAACUUCUGUCUGGUCAACUACUACGCUUCCGGAUCGGACAGCAUAUCGUACCAUUCGGAUGAUGAGAAAUUUCUUGGACCUCUGCCAGCUAUUGCUUCAUUCUCACUAGGUGCCAAGAGGGACUUUCUCAUGAAGCAUAAGCCAAUCGCGCCAAACGACAAUGCAUCAAAACCGCCAGAAACAAAACCAAUCAAGCUGCCUCUUGCCAGUGGAGAUAUGAUUCUGAUGAAGGGAAGGACUCAAGCGAGUAAGUUUUACUCUCAUGUUGUUUCCUCCUGAGAAACCCUGAAUUGAUCUGGAUGGGAUUGAACAACUUGUUCCAUGGCAAGAAAUUUGACAAUGGCUGACUUGAAAACAGAUUGGCUCCAUUCGAUCCCAAAAAGAACAGGAAAGAACGCUGAAGAUGGAGGAAGGAUAAACAUUACGUUCAGAAAGGCUAUGGUACGAGCUGGUACAGAGAACUACUACAACUACAAUGUAGGAACGGGUAUCGUAUACAAAUGGGAUGAAAGAUCGAGAGAGAUGAAGCCUUGGAAGCAAUAGAUUGAUUUGGCAGGCAAAUGAGCUUGAUGUGAUGAGCUUGUACCUGUUCUAACCAGGUUAAGAAAGAAUGUUACCGAACUUUCAAAAAUAAGAUCUCGACCUCCUAUGUGACCAUGAGAUUGCAUCAUUAGGAUGAGGAGUUGUUAUUUUGUACUUUGAGAUUAAGUGCUGUGCUGUUGUGUUGUUUGAGA